AAAAGGAAGACGUUUAUCUGUUUUGGUUAAACACUUGGAAAUACUAAAAGGUUUCUGCAACAUUUAUUACCUUUGCGUCCUGGUGCAGUUAGAUGUACAUUUUGGUAAUAACAAUUAAGAAGCCUUAAUAGUGCUAAGGCUGUUUGCAGGAAAAAGAAAAUCGAGGAAAGCCUUUGUCCACAUCGGAGAUGACGGACGUUACUCAGAAUCUGCACUCCCUAGAUUUCGAGUGCGGGCUGAGCGAAAACGAGAAGCAGCUGUUAUUCCUGAGAGCUCGCUCGAAUGGCCUGACUCUGAGCGCCUGCGCUCAUGCUGCCUUCUUCUGUAAGCUGCUCUCUUCUUCAAGAAGACGUUUAUUAAAGGAAAACGUCACACUGAGGUCUAAAACGUCUGAUUUAAAUGUGUUAAGUGAAGACCAGAUUCUGAAAGUUGGGAUUCUUGGAGGGGGCCACAUAGGGAAACAACUGGCUCUGGUACUGAUGGAAAACACAGGCCUCAAACCAUCAAACAUCAACAUAUCGUCCAGGCGACCUGAGACUUUGGAUGACUUUCAGAAGAUGGGGAUUGGCUGUUUUUAUGAUAACCAACGUCUAGCCUCCUGGUCAGAUGUGCUUUUUCUCUGUUGCCUCCCCACACACCUGUCCCAGGUGUGUGCUGACAUUCACUCCAAACUCCGCCAGGACUGCAUUGUUUAUAGCCUUGUCACUGCAGUGCCCCUGAACAGACUCAAGCAGCUUCUGUCUCACAGUAGCGUUUUAAAGCCAGAAUAUGGAUUUGUAGGCAGUGACUCUGUCAGUAUAUGGGCAACUACUGGACAUGUAACAGCUGCUUUGAAAGACCCUAAAGUGAUAUCAGCUGCAUGUCCUCUUGGCAUGAGUGGUGGCCUGAGUAUAGACAUAAGAUGGGUUGUUGCAGUUCUCUACUCUCUCCUGAAUAUGUGCACAACAAUGAAUGUGGAUUACAAGCAGACGAUUAACAUGAUGAAUGAGUUAUUUUUAUUGAAAGACACUUCAGCACAACAGAAUAAAAUGGAGAACGCAAUGCAAUUCACAGUUGAGAACUUUGUCAAUGCAUCCUUUGCAUCCACACUGUCAUCUGAUGAGCCUCUUCCUUGGAUCAGCUUGACAGAUACACAGUUGAAGGAAACACCAUUGUCAAAGAUUCUAGCAGAAAACCUCGUUUUGAGGGAACGCCUCUCUGCCACAUUUUGCUCUGUGCUUGGAGUUUAAUAGACUGAGAGAAGACAGACUGAAAGAAUUCCAUCCAUGGAUACCAAGUUAGUUUUUUUAUCAAUGUGCACAAAAAAUCCUGGCUUCCUACAAAUUGUCCUGACCCGCACGUGGUUGAUACUGCAUAGCAUAAUCAUCAAAUCAUUUAUUUUAAAGGUAAUGUUUUGGGACAGUAACACAGUGACACCAUUCCCAGAACAGAAGCCAUGAGAGAUUUCAUCAUAUGUAAGCAGUGCAAUUACAUUCAAAAAUAUGCAUGGUCAGGUGGGGAUAGCUAGCCUCUGGGUAUCAUUAUUUUUUAUUUUUGAAUUAUGUAUUGUUUUUAUGUUCAUGAUUAUUCUAACAUUAAUUGGAAUAUAUACAAAAUGUAAUAAAUGACACUAAACACA